AUCAAUAAAAAUGUGCAGCGUUGUACCUUCUCAAGUUCACGAAGUGCUAAAAAAUGUGGUCAAAGGGGAUAUCGAAAAUUUCGAGGUGGUCAUACACGACGCCAACAAGAAAGGUGAUGGAUUCCUGGGGGAUAUGGUAUUCAUAACACUGAAAAACAAACAAUCAGAAGAGGUGUUUGACCUAGUUGUGAAACAAGCUUUCACAAAGCAAACUGUCAGGGACACCAAUCCAAUUCGGCAGGUGUUCAUGAACGAGAUUUACUUCUACACUAAAGUUUGGACACGUCUUAACAAGUUUCAAGAGAGAAUUCCGGUGCAGUUCCAGUUCCACAAGCUACCCAAAUAUUUCACCUCGAUUUCUGAAGAAGUUUCGGAGAAAUUAGUAUUAGAAAACUUGAAGCUUCAGAAGUUCGAAGUGCACAACAAAAAGAUACCUUUGGGCAAACAAUAUUACGAAUUAAUUUUUAGGGAGUACGGAAAGUUUCACGCUUUAUCGUUCGCUUACAAGUCUUUCUACCCUGAGGAGUAUGUUAAUCUAGCAAAGGGGUUACUAGAUAUAUAUCUAGAUUUCAUUAAUAGAGAUGGAUUUAGCGCAGCAAUUAAAUCGGUAAAUGAUACUGUGAUGGAUUUCCUGCAACCAGGACUAGACGAUGCUGUUAUAGAGAAAUUUAGGCCUUACAUUGAAAACUAUGUAGAGCUCUUUAAGAAUAGUAUAGACUGUAAUGCUAAAUAUAGCGUUAUUACCCACGGGGAUUGUUGGAGUAACAAUAUGAUGUUCAAAUACAGCGUAAGUAAAACAGUCAUUUUAAAGUUCUCCAUUUCCAACAUUUCUUUCUUUAAAUUUCCAUUGAGGAUCGAUACAAUUAUGUAUUACAUGAGAUGA